CACAGAUCUCUGUGUCUCCUGUCUUCCUCUCUUUCUGUCUGUGUCCCAGCCAGGAGCCAUAUCUCCAUUUGCAACCAUUGGAUACUCCUACAGAAGAUUCUUUUAUUGAAAUCCUUUUUUAAUUUGUUGAUACUAAUCCUUUUCCAAGCACCAAAGUUUUCGGCAGGUGUUGGUACUCUGUGGGUGUCAGGAUGCAACAGUUGGCGUGGAAGAUCAUCUGCUCCUCACUGCUGCUUCUAGCAGUGGUGCCCUUUGUGUACUCACAGUCAGAUUGUUCUCAAGCUGAGUCAUGUGACCUGUGCGUUGGCAACUCCAUGCUGAACCUGACAGGCUGUGUUUGGAGGCUUUGUCCAACUGGUAAUGACACAGGCAUGUGUGUGACUGAUGGGGGCGACUUGGCAGACAACGGCAUGAACUGUAGUUGGACAAGAGUGUCUGAACUUUGCUCAGUUGUAGAGACUGUAGCUGCAGGAGGAGGUGAAGGUGACUCAGGUGAUGGAAGCAGCACCAACACAUCCCCAGAGUUCUCCCAAGCCAAGUUUGACAUGUCCAGUUUCAUUGGAGGCAUCAUCCUGGUGCUGUGCGUGCAGGCAGGCGGCUUCUUUGCCAUGCGCUUCCUCAAAUCCAAAGAGCAGAGCAGCUACGACCCCAUAGAGCAGCCUCAGUGAAGAUGAGAUGUGUGAAGGACAAACAGGCGAGAGUGGAGGACAGCAGAGCAGUGACUCAUCAAGUUCUGAUGACGAGAGUGUCUUUUUUUUUUGAGCCCCUGUCAUUUUUGGUUUGGUCCCCAUGUGUACCCCUGGGGGAUGGGUGUGUUUGUAAGAGGACAUUUUUCUUAGAAUACUGUGUUGUGUAACGAGUGUCUGCAUGUGUUCACUGUGUUUAUGUUCCAGAGAUAUUUUGGCUGUUGGUAUUCAUACAAUCUGACAAACACCAAAGCUCUGAUUGUCUCAGCACUUUCAGUGAUUCUUCUUUGUGAUUAAACCCACCAUAAAUUGUCACCAA